CUUCCAGGUUCCCAAGCAGCAAAGGAAGACUGUAAUUGGCCUCGCCGAGCCUCUGGCUCUCUAACACGUGAUCCGAACCAGAAAGACUACGUAAUUUUUUCUCGAACUUUCCCCAAUCUUUUCGAAAGAGAAAUGCAAACCAUCGAUCUCUCUGACUUCUGAUGCUCACCGUUCUACGGAAUCAUCGAAACGAGCAGCAUUGAGCUGACUAAAUCAUGAACGUUUUCCGGAAAUCAUUCAAAUCGCACAGCUCUUACAAGAUAUCCUCUGCUUGGAACCAGUCUGAGGACGAACGGCCGAUUCUCUCCCGCGAUCCUCUUGAAGAAUCCGGAAGUCGCCGGGAGGUGGUCAUCAAGGUUGACGGCGAGAGCGACGAUAUGGAAAUGAAGAACGGGAAUACCUCUGUUGCUGCUGCUGGCGUGAAUAAUAGCAAGGUGUGGAGAGAAUCUAGUUAUGAUUUUUGGGAGGAAGGGCAUGUUGACAAUGGGGGUGGCGGAGAAGGUGGGAAUGGGUUGGGAUUUUCAUUUCAGAGUCCGAAGAAGAAGGAUUUGCCAGAGAUCAGCGAGGAUCCUCCGUCGCGACUGAUAAGUUCGUUUCUGAAGAAGCAGAAAAUAGCCGGCGCCGAGAUGGCGCUGGACAUGGAUCUCGAGAUGGAGGAGCUCAGGAAGCCGACGACGAGUUCGUCUUCCCCUUCAUCCAAGGAGCAGCGCGUCUCCUUCCACGACGUUUCCAAUAAUCCGCCAUCCCAUAACUCGCGUAUGGAAUCGGACGACGAUGAAGACUCCGAUGACCACGUCGAAGGGCCGGAACUUCGCCAGAAUUCGGCGGCCGCAAGCUCCCACUCGAAGGACGGCACCGCCGUCACCGAGGUCCUGCGAUGCACCUCCAACUCGUCAUUUUGCCGGAGCAGACCAUUGCUGCGGGCCAAGACAAGGUCUAGGCUUAUGGAUCCUCCUGCAGGCGGCGGCUCAGACGAGAAGAAAUCUAUGCGUAUGCCGAACAGGUCUGGGCAAAUCCCUCAACGGUCUGGCUUGCUCGGCAAGUCUCGCGUCGAAGAGGACGAGGAGGAUCCCUUUGAGGAUUUACCGGAGGAGUUUAAGAGCACCAAGAUCAGCAACUGGACAAUCUUGGAGCUAAUCGGUCUUGUCCUUGCUCUUGCUGCCCUAAUCUGCAGCCUCGCCAUACCCAAGCUUGCACGUCAAACAUUUUGGGGGCUUCAUCUAUGGAAAUGGGAAGUGCUCGUCCUCGCCCUUAUAUCAGGCCGCCUUCUCUCCGGAUGGUUAAUCCGCAUCAUUGUCUUCUUCCUUGAGCGCAAUUUCUUCCUCCGCAAGCGGUUUCUCUACUUCGUGUACGGAGUGCGCAGGGCAGUUCAGACCUGCAUCUGGUUUGGCCUGGUUCUCCUCGCUUGGCACUUCCUCUUCGACAAAAAGGUGGUGGGAGAGAACAAGAUGCUUUCGUAUAUAACUAAAAUCCUCUUUUGCUUCAUCAUCGCCACCGUCUUACGCCUCAUCAAGAUUCUUCUGGUCAAGGUUUUAGCUUCGUCCUUCCACGUGAGCACAUAUUUUGAUCGGAUUCAAGAAGCUUUGUUCAAUCAAUAUGUUAUCGAGACUCUCUCAGGUCCGCCUCUCGUUGAAAUUAAGCACAACAUGGAGGAGGAGGAACGGAUGAUGAAUGAGAUGCAGAAGCUGCAGAAUGCUGGCGCUACCAUACCCAAGGACAUCAGGGCGGCGGCCUUUUCAUCUAAAAAUGGAAGGGUAAUAGGAGGAAGUGGUGGAAUUGGCCAUGGAGGGACAGGAUUUAAGAGUUCUCAAAUUGGAAAGAGUACGAAGAUUUCUGAUACCGCAUCUAGGAGAUAUUUUAGCGGGCAGCAGUCGCAGCAGGAGGGAGGGAUCACCAUUGACCUGCUGCAUAAGCUUAAUCAAAAAAAUAUAUCGGCGUGGAACAUGAAGAGGCUGAUGAGAAUUGUUAGGCUCGGCACAUUAACGACGCUUGAUGAGCAAUUAACAAUGGGAAUUGAGGAGGACGAGUCAACUGUGCAGAUCAAGAGUGAACACGAGGCAAAGAUAGCGGCAAAGAAGAUCUUCAGUAAUGUUGCCAAGCCUGGUGCCAAGCAUAUUUACUUGGUGGAUUUGAUGCGAUUCAUGAGGGAAGAUGAAGCAGUAAAAACUAUGAGUCUUCUUAAUGGAACACAGGAUGACCGAGUCAGCAGGAGGAUUCUCAAGGAUUGGGUGGUUAACACGUUUAGAGAGCGUAGAGCCCUUUCUUUGACACUAAAUGAUACCAAAACAGCCGUGAACAAGCUUCAUCAGAUUGCAAAUGUCGUUGUUGCCAUUAUCAUAAUUGCAAUCUGGCUUCUUAUUCUGAACAUUGCUACAACUCACUUUUUUGUUUUUCUUAGCUCUCAGAUUCUUCUUUUGGUAUUUGUUUUUGGCAACACAUUUAAGACGACAUUUGAAGCUAUGAUUUUCUUAUUUAUUAUGCAUCCCUUUGAUGUUGGUGAUCGUUGUGAAGUGAAUGGUGUUCAGAUGGUUGUGGAGGAGAUGAAUAUCUUGACAACGAUCUUUCUGAGAUCUGACAACCAGAAGAUAACAUAUCCAAAUUCUGUGCUUGCUACAUUACCCAUUGGCAAUUUCUAUCGAAGUCCUGAUAUGGGAGAUAAUGUUGACUUUUGUGUUCACGUUGCAACUCCGCUGGAAAAGCUUGUUCUCAUGAGAGAAAAAAUAAUGGCAUUCAUGGAAAGUAAGAAGGAGCACUGGCACCCAGGUGCUCAAGUGGUCCUCAAGGACGUCGAUGAUAUGAACAGGUUACAAAUAUCGAUCUGGAUGCGCCACCGCAUAAACUUUCAGGACAUGGGGAUGAAGUUCACAAGACGAGAGCUUGUGAUAGUGGAAUUGAUCAGAGUGCUCAAGGAACUUGACAUCGAGUAUCGCUUGUUGCCUGUAGAUGUAAAUAUCCGAAACUUGCCUCCAGUCACCUCCACUCGCCUCCCUUCUACCUGGACAACUUGCAACUAACAUCAUAGCACAUCACGAGAGCAGGCUUAUGGCUUAUGAGAGGUGCGUGCUUUCUUUGCCAUCUUUUGUUUUUUUUCCCUAGUUAAACGCUAGUAUUGCUUCCUCUUUGUUUUAUAUAUAUAGAGGGAAGUUUGUUUAGGCUUUAGCAAGUAGAUGUGGUUUUGUCAUGAGUUUUCGUUUUCUGUAGAGGUCUCA